UGCGACUCCAAAAAAUCAGUGACGAUAUCCUUUUCUCGCUCCGAUUGCGAAAUCAGCCCAGUCUUGCGGUCGCCAUAAUCCCAAGCACUCCAGCAGCAAUGGCGUCCGACAACGGUCUCCCAGACACGGAAGACGUCAAGUCAUCAAUCUUUAGCAAAAUCCACGACUAUGGCACAAACCCCCUCCCACCCGCCAUCCACGCGAUCCUAAUCGGUGCCCUCCACGGCAGGCCCCUCAAGAUCCUCCCGGCAUCCUUCGCGCCCGCCCUCCUCUUCAGCAGCUACGUCAAUCUCGCCGGCUUCCCCACCGACAGCGCGGGCUUCACCUGCGCCCUCUCGGGCCUCUAUGCCCUCCUCGCCCUGCGCCGCCGCCAACCUCUGCGGAGCAAGUUCACCGCCCGCGGCCUCGUCCGCGGCACCGCUAUCGGUAUGGGCUUUGCCAACUCUGCUGCCGGCGCGUGGGUGUAUGCCAAUGGCGAUCGGAAGAAGGACGAGGUAGAGAGGAAAGAGAGAAAUCGCUGGGGCGGGGAGUCAUGAGAGAAGGAGAAAAGGACGGAGAAGAGAAACCUUUGAGAGUUGCCAGGCGGAGAGAAGAGACUCGAGGGGGACCAUGUUAUAGGAACCAUGAGGCAUGAUGUUCUUCCACCUGGUCUCUGCCGUGGGAAUGCUGCCGCUCUCCUGAUAGGUGGUGGGCGGUCUUGGCCCGGCUCGAGUUGUCUGAACAAACUCGAAAUGCCAAGCCAACGUAGACAUUAAUAGUAUCGACUGUAAGGAAUAUUGUACGAUUAUAGGGGAA